GACCGUUUAAAUGGUUGGAAUAUUAAUUUUGGAAAGCGCUCCUAGCAGAUAAACUAAUUAUGGCUGAAGGACAGUCGCCCCCUAAUUCCAAAACGGCAUAUAUUCCGGAUGAGGAGAAUGAAGACGACGAGUUUGUAUCGGAGCUGCAUAUGCUGCAGUCGCUUCCGGAGACGUCGAUGGCGGACAUCGAGAACGACUUCAUCAAGAGCAAGACACCGCCACCUCGCCCGCGGCCAACCAAGCGGAGCGUGCUAGUAGGCAGGGGUACAGCAAGACUGAGGACGAGACCGGCCAGUACUCCGCUCCGGAUGUCGAGCCCGGUAGAUGACGUACAUACAACACGAAGGUCACUGUCCAGAGAGAGUGCGAGAAUUCAACAGGGAUCUCGGAUGGAGGUUAUUGAGGAAACAACAGACAAGUCGGAGAAAGUAUUAUCAAGUGUCACACAAAACAAAGCUCAUGUUAAGAUGAUAAGGGGUAUUGCGCACUCUACAAAGAAAAAGCUACAUUUACAUCAUGUCUGUCACUCGUCGGCAGAAAAAGACGACAAUGGAUCGAGAGCUCUUCGUUCCGCUGUUCAAAUCGCAAAGGCGCACAAUAUUGUAAUGCUGAGUGGAAAACCGGGUAGCGGUAAAACUCAUAUCGCUCUUGAUUUGCUCACUACUCUAACUGAUCCAGAUCACGACACCGUUCCACUAAUAUUUGAAAAUCUACAAUAUAUAAAAUUGUUACAAGAUACAUCAGUGCACGCCGUUGUUCUGGUUGACGACUGCUUCGGGACUGGAAAACUGAACAAAAUACGUGUGAACCAGUUUAAAGACAUUCUGAAGAGCACUACAGAAAUGAUUAACAAGAAAAGAAUAACUCUAGUUUUGACAUCUGAAAACGAUAUACUAGAAGUGCUACGGGACGAUUCGAACAGAAAUAUUCAGUCUUUCAUUCAAUCAGACAAAUACCGCGUUGAUUUCGAUUCUAACGAAUACAAGCUGACAGACAAAGAGAAAAUGGAUCUGUUAUACUUGUACAUGCCAAACAUUAAGCACCAAUCGGUUGACAUAGCUCAGCAACUUAAUGGCCACCAAUGUCAGAUUGGAUUUCCACUGAUGUGUAGUCUCUCUCAGUGUGCAAAAAUGGAAAACCUCAGUAAUUUCUUCGCAGAUCCGUUUCAGUAUAUUGUUGAGAAGAUAAAUACAUUAAAAGAAGAUAAUUUCUCGAGUUAUGUACUGCUGGUUCUAAUACUGAUCAUGGACAGACACUACCCUGCCUCAGGUCUUAGCAAUGUCGACAAGAAACAUUUUAUGACGCUUCUUCAAAUGUACAAACCACUGAAGUGUUCCUAUAUUGAAGUUUCGAAUUCUGUCCAAUUGAUGAAAGACAUGAAUUUUAUUGUUGAAGAUGAGGAAAACUGUCUGCAGUUUUCUCACAGGAUUAUAUUCCUUGCAAUUCUCUAUACCCUGCUGGACAAUGAUUUUUCAUCCAUUUUUGAAAUACUGCCUGUCAGUGCUUUCCUAGAAAUUUCAUUAGUCAUAGAAGACAGUGAAGAGACAUUUUGCACAGAUUUAGAUGAAGGAAAAUUCAAGAAGACUGUUACAAAACCAAUGUGCAGAACAUUCGUAGAUGUCAUACAAAAAGCAAUAAAAACUAAGCCAAUGCAUUUCGAGCAAAUCGCUUGUUUAGAUGUUUGGGACCAGCAGUUGUUUUUCGAUCUUUUUCUCGAAAAGAUCAGUUUGGAAAUUUGCAUGGUACCAGAUGAAAACGGCAUGGUAUUUGCUUCGCACCUACUAUGGGCAGAUCACUUGAGCGUUAUACAUAGGUUGGGCGAAUCAUUGAAGAAGAUGAAAGGAAAUAUCUCGUCAAUGCUCGUAGACGGUGUGGCAGAUCUUGUUUCCAGUGCGUUGGAGAUUAAAGCGAACAUAGAAUUUACUGCAUUUCUCAAAUUUUGCACUGAAGGACAUAAACAAGUAGUGAUGUCUGCCGUUGCAAGCGGGAGCAUCGAACUGAUUGAUUUAGUUUGCAAUCCAGUAUUUGCUUUAUAUCCAUCAACUACUGAUCUUAUGAAAAUAGCAUGUAGAAUGGGAAAAGUUGAAAUUGCAAAGUACUUAAUAGAGAAGACGGAUGCCGAUAUUUUGUCAGGAUUGAAAAGACGAAAAGAUCAAGCAGGGGAAGCACUCAUUCAUAUAGCUUCAAAGAGUGGUGAAACUGACAUACUGCAGUUGUUGGAACAAAAUGGUUUUGAUAUGAAAGUACAAACAAGCGACGGGAAUACUAUUCUUGAUGUAGCUUCGAUGUUCGGAAAGACCAGCCUUGUGAGAUAUAUCUGCUCAAAAUAUCCAACUCUGAUAGGAUAUACAAACAACUUUGGGAUGAGUUGCGCACAUUAUGCUGUUCGUGAAGGGCAUUUAGACACUUUUCAGCUUCUUGUAUCGAUGGGUGCUGAUCCAACAAUAAAGGUAGACGGCGGAAACACAAUGUUCCACCUCGCUGCUGCAAAUGGUCACACGAGCGUUCUCCGAUUCAUUUGGGAUAAAUAUGAAAACCUGCAAAAUAUUAAAAACGACGAGUCCUUUAUGCCACAACAGAUAGCGGCUAGAAAAGGAAAUAUAGAAACUUUAUCUUUCUUUCUGAGCCAAGGGGUCGAUCCAAAUGAGCGCACAGUCGACGGAAGAAGUUUUGUACAUUUGGCUGCUUUUAGUGGUCAUGUAGAGUUAGUGCAAUACUUGUGUAUUAAAUAUCCGAAUAUGGCUCAGGCAAUUGACAGAGAUGGGAAUUCACCAGCGCUUGAUGCAUCUGCUGGUGGCAGUGUUGAUGUACUAUCAUACCUAGUGGAAAACUUCAUUGAUCCGUACGUCGUUAGCGCCGAUGGCUGCACUUUGCUCCACGAAGCAUGCUAUUUUGGUAAUAUAGAGAACGUCCAAUACUUGUGCAGAAACUUUAAGAAUCUCGUAUUAACGCAGAGCAACCAUGGAUACACAUGCUGCCAUGCCGCAUCUCUUGGAGGCUUCGUAGACAUCUUGAAGUUUUUGGAAGCUUCCGGAGCGGACUACCUCGGUGUCGCUAAAGACGGUAGUACACUUCUCCAUGAAGCAGCAUUUGCAGGAAAAGCUAAAAUGGUAGAGUUUAUUCUCUCAUUUCAACCUAAUAUGGCUCUCGUUAAAAACAAGCGAUCCUAUCUGCCUAGCCACUUUGCGGCUCAAGAAGGUCAUAUAGAUAUUCUACUCAAGUUUAUUGAAGUAAUGCCUAACAAAAUGAUGCCGACCACCGAGGAGGGGCAAACAUAUCUUCACAUUGCAGCUUACAACGGAAAGCGGUUAAUCAUACAAAAAAUGUGUGACAUGUUUCCAGACAUGUUAUUGAUGGAAGAUGUCAAUGCUGCACAGGCUUUGCAUUAUGCUGCCAGAGGAGGAUUUGUGAACGUUCUCGAAGAUCUUAUAGCCAGAGGAAGCAAUCCGAUGUCUCAGACUGUUUCAGGGAGCACGAUACUUCAUUUAGCGUCGUUUGAUGCCCAUCUAGAACUGGUCAACCAUAUUUGUCGGAAAUACCCGUUCUUACUAAAUGUAUUGGACAACUCAGGACACAACGCCGCGCAUUAUAGCGCAGGAAGUGGAAAUCUUCCUGUGUUGAAAUUGCUGAUAGACAAAGGUAUAGAUUGUUUAGCCCUAACUUCAAAUGGAAGUACACUUCUUCUGAAAGCGGCCUACAGUGGAAACAUUGACAUGAUGAAAUACCUGUGCCAAACAUUUCCCGAUAUGAUUCCACUAAAGGAUGAAUACGGAUGCACAGUAUUGCAUUAUACGGCGAGCGGUGGACACAUAGAUGCGUUUAAGUUCUUAGUUGAUCAAGGCAUGGAAGUUAUGGCAAAGACGAAAGAUGGACAUACGGUUUUGCACAUGGCUGCAUAUCAUGGACAAAAGAAAACAGCUCAGUUUCUAUGUUCAGAAUAUCCCGAUCUUCGGAACGUCACUGACAACAACGCACAGACGGCUUACGUUUAUGCUAAAAUUGGAGACCAUAAGUCAAAAAUGCGACUUUUGAAACCAAAAACGGAAAAUGGGCAAGGAGGGUCUGCACCUUUUCUUACACGCAUUACCGCAAUAUUAUGCUUUUGCAGAAGAAGAGAUACAUUGUCGUCGUAAAUAUGAUGUCAGUCAUACAGGGGAUGAAAACAAACUCUAUAAGUUUUUAUUUGCAACAAUUACGUCAGUGGUCGAUAUAAAUGUUUUACUUGAACUCUCAGUUAGUUUGUGCUUACUAUUAUAAAGUUUUAACAUUUAUUUUAUCUAGAUGUAUGUGUGUAUAGAAUAGGCGCAUUAACAUUAACAAGUUUAGGAGUGUCCCUAUCAUGAUUGUUAAUAUUACGUGUACAUCGUGUCAAAACGCUUUCAAUGGUAUGGUAUUAUUGAAAACUUGUGCCCGUUCAUAUUGCAACCAAAUACAAUUAUAAAAAUACAUUCAAAUUCUAUUAAGUUUAAUGCAAUACCAACAAUCCUUAAAACUUAGUGUAAGACAUUGGCAUCAUGUUCAGAACUAGAAACUGGAGUAUUAAAUGCCUUCUGAUCGAUAGUCCGAUUGAUAUAAGAGAGAUGAAUAUUUCACUUGUGCAAAUAAUACGUAUUGAUCAUGUCUGUAUCUUGUUGGUAUACUUACGAUUCAAAUGCCUGUGUUUGAUCUGUCCAUUAUGUUUGUUUUUGAAUGCACCUUGGGAAAAUAUAAUAGCGUCCUAUGGCUGUCUAUCGAUAAAAAUCAACUGACACAAAGCAAAUAUUGUUUUAUAACAGUUUUGGUUUCAAUAUGAAUUAUUUAUCGUCAAUGUCUUAUUUUUAAAAGACAACAUUCUGUGAUUUUAUUCAAUACAAAUGAAAUAAAACCAUUGUCAUUUAAAU